UUCUUUUAUUUCUCUUUUAAUCGGUCCUACGUUUUAAAAUUUUUAAUAGAUUUUGUUGAAUUAUUGUAAUAUCAAAAUCUAUCUUAAGAAAUUGUAAUCAAUGGCCGCGUUAUAAUAUCCUACAUAAUUCUUAUAGGCUAUAGUUAUUGUUAGUUACAAUGCAUUGAACAUGGCGGAACUCACGGACCAGCCAGUGGAUAGUCAUGUCUCGUGUAAAAUUUUGAUCAUCGGAGCGGGCAUGGCCGGAUUGUCUGCCGCAAAUCAUUUACUUAAAAAUAGUGAAACAGAUUUUCUUAUUGUUGAAGCAAGAGGACGUAUAGGUGGCCGAAUUAUAGCAACACAAAUUGGAAAUGAAAAAAUUGAACUUGGAGCAAACUGGAUUCAUGGAGUUUUGGGAAAUCCUCUUUUUGAAUUAGCAAUGGCAAAUGGAUUGAUAGAUAUCAUAAAUAUACCCAAACCACAUAGAGUUAUAGCUGCUAUGGAAGAUGGAAAACAAUUACCAUUUCCAGUUUUACAAGAAAUCUAUGAAGCCUAUGUGUGUUUUUUAAGACGUUGUGAAGAAUAUUUCUUAAGUGCUUAUAAUCCACCAGAUGGUAUAAAUAGUGUUGGAGCACAUGUGGCGCUUGAAACUGAUAUAUAUUUGUCAUCUUUACCAGUUGAACAGAGAAGAAUAAGACAGUUACUUUUCGAUUGUUUGCUUAAGAGAGAAACUUGUAUUACUGGCUGUGAUAAUAUGGAAGAGGUCGAUCUUAUGGAAAUGGGAUCUUACGCUGAACUACAAGGUGGCAAUAUCCGUCUUCGAAAUGGAUAUAGUGCAAUAUUGGAGCCAAUUACAAAACAUAUACCAAAGAACUGUAUACUUACUAAACACGUUGUUACCAAAAUUAGAUGGCAAAAACAGGAAUGUGAGAAUGAAACAUCUGAUGUAGCAACAAAUAACUCUAGUAGAAAUAAGGUUAUAGAAAUUCAAUGUGAAAAUGGAAAAAUGAUAACUGCAGAACAUAUAAUAUGUACAUUGCCUUUAGGAGUUCUUAAAAAAAAGGCUAAUGAUAUUUUUGAGCCGCCCUUACCAGAUAAUAAACUCCAAGCAAUAAAUAGACUUAUGUUUGGUACUGUAGAUAAAAUAUUUUUAGAAUACGAAAGGCCUUUUUUAAAUCCAGGAAUAUCUGAAGUUAUGCUUCUUUGGGACGAUAGAGGAUUGUCAGAAGACGACAGACAAGAUUUAAGUAAAACAUGGUUUAGAAAAAUAUAUUCUUUUAUUAAAAUAUCAGAUACACUUCUUCUUGGUUGGAUAUCAGGAAAGGCUGCAGAAUAUAUGGAACAAUUAAGUACAACCGAGGUAUCAGAAGUAUGCACAUCAAUUUUAAGGCGAUUUUUAAACGAUCCAUUUGUACCAGCUCCAAAGCAUUGCUUACGUACUACUUGGAAUUCUCAGCCGUUUACAUGUGGUUCUUAUACAUCUAUGGCCGUUGGUGCAAGUCAAAUAGAUAUCAAGAAUUUAGCUGAACCAUUGAUACUGCAAGAUCAGCCUUCCAAAAUUAUGAUAACAUUUGCUGGCGAGCACACACAUUCUUCGUUUUACAGUACUGUACAUGGUGCAUAUUUAACAGGCCGUACUGCAGCUCAAUUGUUACUCGAAUCAAGAAGAAGUGAACAAAAUCAUAUAAGUCUUAGUUGUGAAAGUACUAGCGAUCUUAGCUCAUGGAUUCAAGGAAUAUCUUUAACUUAAAAUUAAAAAUUUUAUAUAUAUAUAUAUAUAUAUAUAUGUAUAUGUAUAUGUAUAUAUAAUAUUUUGUUUCCAGACAAGAGCAUUUUGUGUAUUGCUUGAAAAAAAGUAAUCAAUACUUAGUCAUUUAUGAUGAAGGUGGAUCGCUUAAUCUAACACUU